AUGAUUCAGGUAUACCUCCAAGCAGGAUCACCACUCCUCCAGUACAGCCCAUGUCGUGCCUGCGCCGUCGACAAGGGGUGGAUGAGCGAGUCCGACUUUGAGGGUGACAACACGACUAUCGCGACGGGCGGAGACUCGACGCGCACAAAUGGCACAGACCCUGGGUUUGUCACUACCGCCCAGAACGCCACGGUAGGCCUCAACUUUACUGGAACUGGAGUCGUGUUUGAUGUUGCAUUUGCUCCAGAUGCCGGCGCGUCCGGACCAGGUGCUGGCGCCGGUGUCAGCGGCGCAACCCCAGACUGGACGACCACGCUCCUUGUCAACGGUUCUGCUCCGCCGUCGUCCGCGACGCCACUGUCAGCGGGCGUGGUCGGGCUCCCGCUUGGCAGGCACACGUUCCAACUCCAGCUCGCGCGCAAGAACAUGACUCAAAACGAUACAUGGGCGCGCAUCGACGGAAUGAGCGGCACAAUCGGCGGCCUGGUCCAGGCCAACACCUUCAACACUACUAUCGACGACUCGGCAUGGGCCAACGGCACCGUAACCCUCAGUCAAGGAUGGAACAUGCUCGAGCAGGGCAAGAGCAACUACAUCAAUGAGACGCAGUACCAGCAAGAACUGCGGAAUGCGGACCGCCACUACAACCGCUCCAUCUCGUGGACAACACAACCUGGCGCAAACACCACUAUCAACUUUAGCGGUAGUGUGGUGUGGGUAUUUGGGCUGAGCGGCGGAGAAGCGGGCACGUUCGAGGUGCGCCUGGACAAUGUGUCACAGGGCUUUUUUGACGCUUCUGGUGGACCGCGCACGUACAAUCAGACGCUGUGGCACACGUCGAGCCUGACGGACGGGCCGCACACCGUCCAGCUUAUCAACCAGCAGGGCCGGCUGUCGUUUGACUACCUGGUUGCAACGACUGGCGUGAACAACGCCACCCUCGGCGAGAUUGCUGAGCCUACGCUGGGCACAUCGUCGUCAUCUCUGGGUACCGCGACGUCGACUGCCACGGGCACCGCUGCGGCGGGGCACAAAGAGAACAACACGGCGGUCGUUGUCGGCGCGUCGGUCGGCAGCGUUCUUGCCUUAUUGUUGAUAACGCUGGCGUGCUUCUUCAUCUGGUCGCGAGGGAGACGCCGCAAAAGGAACGAUAAGCACCAGUGGCAGGACAAGAAGCCGUGGUACAAGUUUGGACGCGACAAGGGGUGGGACUUUGUAUCCCUAGUCGAUGAGCCACACAAACCCAUGUCCCAUCCGGGAGUUUGGAACCGCGUCUCGCGCAGCGACACGUUCAAGUCGACAUCGUCGUUCGGCUCGUCGGGCAGCCACAUCCACCAUCCAGCACCGGCCCACACGCGCCGCUCUCUCCUCCCAUUAGCGAACAACCUGUGGGCGAAGAAGAAGAGCGAGGGCGCGCACCAAAUGACCGAAGUCUCGUCCCGUCUCAAACCCCCGUCUCCCGACCCAAUGGCCCUCGCGCUCGGCGGCAGAGGAUCCCCCCUCACCCAGCUGCAGGAGGACAACACGGAUGCCGCGCAGGUCAAGGAUGCUGCUGUAGGCACGCGCGAAUGGUACGAGUGGUUCGGGUUCAGAAACUCUGGCAGCGUGAGGUCGGGACAGAGCGGCAACACGCUCCCUCGCAUACCACCUGGCGCGCGGUACAAUGAUCCGGCGGACGGAUCGGGUGCCGCGGCGGACGGGUACGCGCUCGGUGAGGACCGCAACGCGCCAAAGCACUAUUACAACGACAUGCCACUGACUCCGCAAAAGCCGUACCAGUAG